CGUGUUACUGAGCCCUCCACCUUGGUGUUAGUAGCACCAGGUGCAAGGCUUCAGUCCCUGUGCUGACUGAGCUGCUGCCCUCUGCAGAGCACGCUGCAGGAAGCUGGACUCCAGGGACACGGCUACACGUGACUCACCCACGUCCGCCUCCACCGGGAAGGAGCCCACAGCCCUGCUCAGCAGAUGAAGACAAACGCUUCUUGGUUGCUGCAGCUGCACCAGCUCUCAGCCACCAGAUUUGUUUUAAUGUGGAAGUGGAUCUCACAGCUUAAUUAAAGGAAAAAAGAAUGUCAAGAGUGGUCUUUCUUGAUUUCGAUGAAGGGCCAUUGCAGGGAGCCAUGGAUAUUAGUUUAUAAAUGUACUUAAUGGACAGACCAGCAAUAUGGAUGAUAUAGAGAGAAAUACUGAAGUCACUGGUGCUAAAGAAGAGGAGGAAAUCCUUUGUGAUGACAAUUUCGUAUCUGAGGAAGAAGGUGGCAUUCCUAACCCACAAGAGAGCGAUGCGUCAUUUCAGACAAACAAUACAUUGACUCUGCCUGAGGAGCUAUCAAGGGACAGAUCUGAAAAAGCUUUAAGUGGAGGCCAGACUUCUCUAUUUAUACACACUGGUGCUCCUACUGUUUCUAGCGAAGACUUUGUCUCAUCUAGAGGAACUGCUGUUAAUGGACCAGUUUCACACUCCACCUCAACUAAGACUUCCAUUAUGAGUAAAGGCAGUAUUUCAUUAACCACCGGACAGACUGUAGGUCAUCACACAGAUUCCUGCUCAACUUUAACAGUGGUUCAUGAUCUUCAGCUGCCUGCAAAGAGUACACCCCAGAAAUCAAAUCAGCACCAAGUUUUAUUUUUGUUACCCGAUGUAGCACAUGCUAAGAGCCUGACUCAUUCCAUUAAAAAUCUACCUACCUCUUCUUCAGUUGGUUGUGAUUCACAGAAAUCAGUAGGAACUAGUGUAGAUAGCACUUUAGUAGGCCCUGUAGAAGUCUGUGAGGAUGACAAAAAUUUGCUAGUAAAAGAUGAUUGUGUCGAUACAUUAACAGGCAUUUCCUCAGGUACAGGUGGUUUCAGAUCAGGAUGUGAUCCCAGCUGGGAUAGACAAAAAGAGUUCAUCCAGUUCCUUAUGACAAAUGAGGAAACAGUAGAGAACUCUCCCGUUCACUGUAAAGUAGGCUCAGAAAAAAAGCGAAAAAGGAAAAUGGAUGUCAGUAAAAUAACACGCUAUACUGAGGACUGUUUUGAUGAUAGCAGUUGUAAAUCAAAACUACUAAAUGUUGACUUCCUAGAGCAGAAUGAGGACCUACAAAUAGAACCACAAAAAUACUCACUGAGUAAAGUGAAGCCUGAAUCUGCAGAUGAGGAGCUGGAAGCUGUUGAUGCCAUCCAGCAGCUCAUUUAUAGUCCUAAUAGUAACUGUGCAGAAGAUACUUCUCCGGUUCACACUAGCACUUUUCUUUCCAACACUUUAAAAAACAAAUGUGAACAGAAUGAUUCUGAAUCACCAUCUACUUUUAGUACUGAUGAACCAUCAUUUUAUCCCUGUACAAAGUGCAAUGUGAAUUUUAGAGAGAAGAAACAUCUGCAUAGGCAUAUGAUGUACCAUUUGGAUGGAAACAGUCAUUUCCGACAUCUUAAUGUCCCCAGGCCCUAUGCAUGUAGGGAAUGUGGAAGGACAUUUCGAGAUCGUAAUUCACUUCUUAAACAUAUGAUAAUUCACCAAGAAAGAAGGCAGAAACUGAUGGAAGAAAUACGUGAGCUGAAAGAACUUCAGGAUGAGGGUAGGAGUGCACGGUUACAGUGCCCACAAUGUGUAUUUGGUACCAAUUGUCCCAAAACGUUUGUGCAGCAUGCAAAGACCCACGAAAAAGAUAAAAGAUAUUAUUGCUGUGAGGAGUGCAAUUUCAUGGCUGUGACAGAAAAUGAACUGGAAUGCCAUCGAGGGAUUGCUCAUGGAGCAGUAGUCAAAUGUUCAAUUCUUGGUGGCGACAUGUCCCAGAGGAAAACACAGAAAAAAGCAUCCUUGAAAAAUCCAUAUUUAGGAUCCUCAAAAAAGUCAUCAACGUAUAUGUGUAAGAUGUGUCCCUUUACUACUUCAGCUAGAAGCAUUUUAAAAAAACACAUGGAAUAUUUGCACCCAGCAUCAUGCAUUGAUCCCUUUGGUAGCCAUCUUAGACUAGAAAAAAGAAAAAGCAGGAUGAUAGAAGACUCUUUAGAAUUUGGUAGCAGGACAAAACAGUUGAUGAAACAAUCUUCUACUUUUCCAAAGAACUCUGUUUUAAAGCAGGAUGUAAAAAGAUCGUUUGGCUCUACUUCGCAGUCCAGUAGCUUCGCAAAACUUCAUAAGAGACCCUACAGGAUACAGAAGGCUCGGAAAAGCGUUUCACAGUCAUCUAAACUAAACUCUGCUGAAAAAAAAGACAGCUACGAAACGGAGGAUGAAAGUUCAUGGGAUAAUGUUGAACUAUGUGAUUACACUACACAGUCUAUGGAGGAUGAAUCUUACAGUGAUAUUAAUCAGGAGCAUCUAAACCUAUUCCCUAUAUUCAAAGGUAAAAUGGAAGAUCAUGAAGCUGGUGAUAAAUCUUCACUUAGUUAUGAGCAGAAUGAUGGCUUUUAUUUUGAGUAUUAUGAAGAUGCUGAGGGUAGUAACUUCCUGCAUGAUUUGCAUGAUCCUCAGAGUUUGGAAAAUGUAGGAUCAGCGUUGCCAAAGCAUAAUUCAGUUUUCCAUUGGACUGAUUUGUCACUUGAAAAGAAGUCCUGCCCAUACUGUCCAGCAACCUUUGAAACAGGUGUUGGAUUGUCCAAUCAUGUCAGAGGACAUCUUCACAGAGCUGGACUAAGCUAUGAAGCCCGUCAUGUUGUUUCACCAGAACAGAUAGCGACAAGUGACAAAAUGCAACACUUUAAAAGAACUGGAACAGGAACUCCUGUUAAACGUGUUAGAAAAGCAAUUGAGAAAUCUGAAACUUCCUCUGAGCAUACAUGUCAGCUCUGUGGAGGCUGGUUUGAUACUAAAAUUGGAUUGUCUAAUCAUGUGCGAGGACACCUGAAGAGGCUUGGCAAAACCAAGUGGGAUGCACACAAGUCUCCGAUCUGUGUUCUGAACGAGAUGAUGCAAAAUGAAGAGAAGUAUGAAAAAAUCCUAAAGGCUCUGAACAGUCGUCGCAUUAUUCCCAGACCGUUUGUUGCUCAGAAAUUUGCAUCAAAUGAUGACUUUUUGUCUCAGAAUGUUAUACCUCUUGAAGCAUACCAUAAUGGCCUAAAGACUGAAGAUGCAUCUGUGUCUGCAUCAGAGGAAGAAGGGCUGAGUUUCCUAAAUGAAUGUGAUGCAACAAAAGCAGUACUACAUUCAAGAAAAAAAAAUCAGUCACUUACACUGAUAGAACUCCUGAAAAAUAAGAGGUUAGGAGAAGAAAGGAAUCCUAUUAUUUCUCCUCAAAAGAUUCAUAAUCAAACUGCAAGAAAGAGGUUUGUUCAGAAAUGUGUUCUUCCAUUAAAUGAAGACAGUCCAUUGAUGUAUCAACCACAAAAAAUGGACUUGACUAUGCAGACAGGUAUGCCUGUGAAGCUUAGAACGUGUGUGCAUUGCAAUACGACGUUUACAAGUGCUGUUAGCCUGUCCAACCACUUACGCGCUUAUGCACGAAAGAAGAGUGCUGGACUUUUGACUGGGACAGCUUUAGACUGUAAGCAAAAGAAGUCAAGGUCAAGAUCUGGAAGCAAGAAAAAAAUGCUGCAAUUACCUCAUAGUGCUGAUGAAGUUUACAUACUCAGAUGCAGGUUUUGUGGUCUGGUCUUUCGAGGACCUUUGUCUGUUCAAGAAGACUGGAUAAAGCACUUGCAGCGACACAUUGUUAACGCAAAUCUUCCACGGACUGGAGCUGGCAUGGUCGAAGUCACAUCACUACUUAAAAAGCCUGCUUCAAUUACUGAAACUUCAUUUUCUCUACUGAUGGCAGAGGCAGCAUCAUAGAACAAGGCAACAUUUUCAGUUUCAAUUGGAUGUAAAUUUGAAAUACUUUGUCAUUUUUUAAAAUAAAUUGCUACACUAAAUUAUGUUUAUAAAUGCUAAGGACAGAAAAAAUAGAGGCAGUGGAUUACAGUAACAUCAAAAUAAACUGAAUACUUAAGUUACAGUAAGUAGUCUUUAUAUUUUAUAUAGAGUGGAAGAUGUGUUUUUAAGGUUUAUUAUGUUUUUGUCAGUUACUGUGUUCACUAUCAAUACAAGACCAUUACAUGUAUGGCAGCCAUUUUUUAAAUUGUUGCACAUGGGUACUUAAAAGACAAAUUUUAAUAAAACAAAAAACCCCCCACGUUCUCUUCAGUGUUACCCAAAUCAAGGCUCUGUUUAUUCCAAAAAGAAUUACAUAGUAAAAUAAGAUAUUAUUCUAUUUUGUUUGUAUGUAUGUAGUGUUUUGUAUAAUACCAAGAACUGCUAAUACAAUUUACUCAACUUAGGGCAUUAAAUACCAUGUACUUCAUAGUUCAAGAGACUGUUUCAUUCAAAUAGGGCAAUUAGUACUAUUCUAUCUAGGUGUGUAAGUGUUUUUUUUAAAACCACAUGAGGCUUUUUGUACUAAAAAGUGGAGGGAAACUUGUUUAAACAAAUUUCUAAGAGACAUAUGUACAUAAUACUGGAAAUUUGUGGUAAGGAAAUAUUCUUUACUUCAGUUGCAUUUCUCACUGACAAUAAAGUGGUGGAUCCAUGCUACCUCCAACUUGUCAACAAAGAUCACAUUUACCCUUAUGUUUUUGUAUCAUAGUAGAUUCAACCCAACUUCCUUUAUUACAGAGCAU